AUGAUCCUCUUCCCACGCCUCCAUCUCUUCGAAAUCGGUGACCAACCCUGGUGCCCCGACUGGCUCCUCGCCUACAUCCAGUCCUACCUCACCAGCGUCUGGAACUUCCACCUCCCCCCCUUCACCACCUCCUCCCCCGCCACCACCGCCGCAGCCCUCAUCACCGACACCCUGCCCAACCCAUCCUCCUUCACCUACGUCGACCUCUGCGCCGGCGCCGGCGGCCCCACCGCCACCAUGGAGACGGUGCUGAACGCACGGUUCCGCGCGCGCGGCCAGCCCCCCGCGUCCUUCGUGCUGACGGACCUCCACCCACGCCCGGAGCCGUGGGCGCGCAUCGCGAAGCGCCAGGCCCAUGUCUCGUUCGUGGACGGGCCGGUGGAUGCGACGCGCUGCGGGCGGGUGGCGCGCGGGAGGGAGUGUCGGGUGUUUAAUCUGUGUUUUCAUCAUUUUGACGAUGUGGUUGCGAGGCGCGUGUUGCGGAGUGCGGUGCAAGAGGGGGAUGCGUUUAUAAUCUUCGAGUUCGCCCAGCGCAAUUUCUCCUCCCUGUUGAAUAUCCCCGUCAUGCUGCUGUACCCGUUCUUUCAUACGCUGGGCCACCGGGACUACAGGUUCUCGCCUCUGCAUUACCUUUUUACGUAUCUGUUUCCGCUCUUCUCCGUGGUGUGUUCGUUUGACGGGCUCGUCUCGACGCUCCGCUGUCGCACGCCCGAGGAGCUGCGCGAUCUGCUGCGGCAGCCGGAUCUGGACGUCAGCGGCUGGGAGUUCAUGGCGGGGAAUCGGAUGCUGGCCUGGCCGUUUCUGCACAUCUACUGGUAUAUGGGGGUGAAGAAAUAG